AUGUCAGCUGUCAUAAACUCGCGGCCCACGUCAGCUGGGAGCGCUAACAGCACAGGCGAACAAGCUAAGCCCACGUUGCUGCACAAAAUUGAAGGUCAUGUUGCUCGUAUAAACGAUGUGGUCCUUUUAUCAAAAGAGGAAGGUGUUUGGACAGCUAGCGAUGACCGUUCGGUGAGACUUUAUCUGAAGAGGGAUAACGGACAGUUCUGGCCUUCGAUACACAAGAUUAUGCCUGUAGCCCCUACAUGUCUUCACUACAGCGAGGAAACAUCCAGAUUACUUGUGGGACUUUUAAAUGGUCACGUAUACGAGUUCUACGUUGCAGAUGACUACAACUCCAUGAGUGAACCUGAAGUGCGAAGGUGGACAAUACAUGCUGGACCUAUUUCUGGGCUAGGACUGGCACUAAGUGCUGAACUUGUGUUCAGUUGUUCAAAGGAUAAGUCUGUUGUUUGGCAUUGUUCGGAAACGGGCAUAAAGCGAGUUGAUGAUGACGAAUAUGUCGCUUAUUUCAUGAUUGAAGGUUCUUUUCUUUGCGAGAGCAGUUGUACUGCGAUGGCUAUUGACCUCCCUUUUGUGUUUAUUGGCGAUCACGGCGGUAACGUUGUUGUGCUUAGGCUUAGCGGUGAUUCAGCUCAGAUGGUCAGCAAGUUGAGUGCCCACACAGGUCCUAUCUCCUCUCUGGCUUGGAACAGAGUGAGGGAGAUCCUUUAUUCAGGGAGUCACGACAGUUUAGUAAUAAUGUGGGAUAUCGGUGGGAAACGAGGGGAAGCUUACGAGCUCAAUGGACAUUCUUCGAAAAUUACCUGCCUGGCUAUCGCGCCCGGGGCGGCUAGACUCUUUUCGGCUGAUGACACGGGCAAGCUCGUUUGCUGGGAUAUGUCUGCUAACAGAUUAGAGACACCAGGAUGGAAGAACUCUGACAAUUGUGAGAUUUGUGAUAGCCCCUUUUUCUGGAACCUCUCUGCGAUGUGGCAACGGAAGGUGGUUGGUCAGCGACAGCAUCACUGUCGAACAUGUGGAAAAGCAGUGUGCGGAAGCUGUUGUUCGAAUUGGACCGCAUUCCCUCGGAUGGGUUACGAAUUACCGGUUCGCAUAUGCAAUGAGUGUCACAAGAAAAUGGAAGAUAAUCCGCAACUUUUCGACCUUACGCCACUUGCUGUUUCGCACGAUCUUCGAAGUGGUGUGACUGCGAUGUAUCUGCAAGAGACGCUUGGAAAACUAGUUAUGGCAACCCAAAACAGAGUAGUCAUGAUAUGGGAUACAAGGUCAAUGUCUUGA